UUUUUCUUUCGUAGAUUAGGGAGGGUUUUCCAAACCUGUGUGAGUUGUUAAAGUGGUGGCAGUUUGCGCGUCUAUCGACCAAAGUCGCUGUUGGAUGGUCUUUACCACGAAUAACGGAAAUAAUUCUAAAUCUUUAUCAUGAAGCUGGAUCAAACAAGUGAUGAGUCGUCGAAUACGUUUUUGUCAAAGGUUUGUCGCCCGGUCAAUGUGGUUAGUUAACGUUGAAGUACAUUAUCCUUAAUAUCAUUUGUCAGAUGCACCAAACCAUAAUUGAUAAGCUCUAUCCGUAUAGGAUAACUAGAUGGCUGUUUGCAUUGCUGUUAUUUGCUAUUUACGUGCUCCGGAUAGCAUCUAUCCAGGGCUUCCAUAUAGUUAGCUAUACUCUCGCAAUAUAUUUAUUGAGUUUAUUCAUAUCAUUUAUUUCUCCAAAAGUAGAUCCUGCCGCUGCAGAUUAUUCGGAUGAAAUCCCUACGCUUCCACGAACUGUAGGUGAAGAGUUCAGACCUUUUAUACCAAGAUUACUUGAAUCAAAAUUCUGGCUCUCCACCGUCCGUGCCGUUGCAAUCAGUAUAUUUUGCACAUAUCUUCCAUUCUUGGAUAUCCCAGUAUUUUGGCCGAUACUAGUAAUGUAUUUUAUAAUGUUGUUUGCUAUUAUGAUGAAGAAGCAAAUUAAGCAUAUGAUCAAAUAUCGCUACGUUCCAUUUACUUAUGGGAAACCGAGACCUGUCGGAUCAAACAAUAAGGAACAAGCAUCUCCUGUGAUUAACUCAUGACAUAUAAUUAUAAAUAAGUUGUCUUCUUAUCUCUAUAAAUCGCUGUGUUUCUUCAUCUUUUGCUCAUUUUCGGUAUUUGUACAUAGUUGUUUUGAUCUUAUCCUUGCCUGUAUAUGGAGUUUUGAUUGUAUUUUUAUGUUUUAAAAGAGGAUGUUGAUUACUGAAAAUUAAAUUGUCUUUGUUCUAAAUCACGUAGUUUGUAUAUUUCUUUUUGUCGUUGAAAAAUAUCUUGUUCUUUUCUUGAAUAAAUUUUAAAGCACAA